CCUCGUUUAAGCGUCCCACGUCGAGUUGAGGCGCGGCCGCGGCGUCUCAAGCCAAGCGGCGCGCUUGCUCUUUCCCGGCUUCUUCAAAAGCCCCGCGCCGUGUUGGCCUGAUCACCUUGCGCGCGUCACCCGCGUCAUGGAGGAGGACGGCGGCAGCGACGCGCGGGUGGUGGAGUCCAUGCGGCGGCUACUCGACGCUGUGCCGCCGGGGGACGACGACCCGCACACCAUCUUCCGCCUCCCCGCGGCCGUGCGCGAGCGGCACCGCGACCUGUACGAGCCCAAGGUCGUGUCCGUGGGGCCGUACUACCACGGCAGCAACGGGCUCGGCGCCGCGCAGCGGCACAAGUGGCGCCUCCUCCGCGACUUCCUGUCGCGGAGCGCCGCCGCCGGGCUCGGGGCCUACGUGCGUGCCGCGCGGGAGGUCGAGGCCGAGGCGCGCCGGUGCUACGCUGAGGGGUUCGACAUGGGCGCCGAUGAGUUUGCUGAGAUGCUGGUGCUCGACGGCUGCUUUUUGCUCGAAUUCUUCCUGAGGAAGAGCGAGGGGCAGCUCGCGGCGCCCGGGGGCGCCAAGUGGGCGUGGCAACACAUGUACCACGAUGUCCUCCUCCUGGAGAAUCAGAUCCCGUUCCUCGUCGUCGAGAAGAUGCACGGCGUCGCCUUCGCCGGCGAGGAUGGACCCGACCGGGACGCGCUCCUCGACAUCUUCUGCAAGGCGUUCGCCGGCGACCUGCCUUCGAGCCGCAUCAUACGGCCGGCGAGCGACAAGACCAUCCACCACCUGCUGCACCUGCACUACGAGUGCAACGUCCGCAACCCGGCCGUGGACAGCGAGAAGGCGCGUAACGGCGGGGAAGCCAACGGCGGCGCGUCAUCGCUGGCCAUCUGGAAGCAGCCGCCCGUCCCGUCACCGCGCUCCGGCGGCGACGGCGCGGUGAAAGGGCGGAUGACGUCGAUGAUCCCGCCGGCGGCAAAGAUGGAGGAGGCCGGCGUCACGUUCAAGCGGAGGGCUACCCCGCGCGACGUGUUCGACGUGAGCUUCCGGUACGGCGUGCUGCACAUGCCGGCGUUCGUGGUGGACGAGAGCGUCAAGGUGCUCCUCGCGAACCUGGUGGCGUUCGAGCAGGGCGGCGGCCGCGCGGCGAGGAAGCUGGACGGGGGCAACCUGAUGACGGGGUUCGUGGCGCUAGUGGGGUCGCUGGUGAACGCGCGGCGGGACGUGGAGGUGCUCCGCCGCAGCGGGAUCCUGCACUGCAUGAUCACCGACGAGGAAGCCGUGGCGUACUUCAGCCACGUGGUGCAGUACACGACCAUGGACUACGACCGGCACCUGCUCGCUUGCCUGUUCCGAGACAUCCGGGAGCACUGCCACUGGAACAGAUGAUUUGGGUGUUUCAUCCAAAUGCUGCUUGGCUGUUUGCUAUACGAUGGUCUUCAUAGAUUUUUACUGGACGACACCUCGACCACAUUUUGCCUUUUAGUACAUGCUACUCUUGCACUCUUACUGUUAUUUAAUGUAGUCAAACAAAAACGCUAUCUAAUGCAGUAAAACAAAAAUGGCAGUCAUUCAUGCAUGUUUACUAACAAUAUUGAAUGGAAUAAUUCAUGUUGAGGAUGCUGGUCGUUCCCAAUUCAAACUUAAACUACGGACCAAAUAGGCAGCUCUCUUCUGAUGCGU